AUGGGCAGCGCUGAGGAGAGAGAUUGGGUUGAUGUUGCCAAUGAUCUUUUAAGGAGCUGUCACAUAAACCAGCACAUAAAGCAUCUCUCUGAAUGUGGUGCUGAUGUGUUUGUUCGUCUUUAUGAGUCAAUCUUAGGAGAAACAGUACCAGAUUUUAUAGCUACUCCUAGAAGCCAAGAGGAUGAUGCACAUAAUGUACAAGCAGUAAUAGAUUCCCUGGCAUUGGACUAUUUGCAGGUCAGCUUGUCACACAUCACUGGUGAGAACAUUGUGAAAGGAGAAAGGGAAUCUAUCAGAAACCUCCUCGAAAUAUUUGAUGGUUUGUUAGAGUAUCUUACAGAAGAAGCCAGUGAAUCUUCUCAGAAUGGAGAUGAGGCAAAUGUGCUAUCCAAUAAUGAAAUUCAAAUUGCAUCUCAAGAGCAGCUGGAAAGCAAUGCUGGUCAACUUGCACAACCUUCAAUAUUCUCAUCAGUCGAAGGGUCCCAGUCAGAUUUUUUUGUUCCAUCUUGUGAUGUAGAUGGAUCAGAAUCUACCAGUGAAUUAAUUAGACUUGGAGAUACUGCUCAUUCAUUUUCCAAGAGAGAGGAAGAAUUCCAGUUGCCUGAAUUGUUAACAGCAGGAAAGGACAAGGGGGUGGAAGAAUCUGAAAACUCAGAGGCUAUUGCAACAUUACCUAGACAGUUCUCUGAAACUGAAAGGGCCAUUGUGAAGGAAAAGGAAGAUGGAUCAAUGGAGUCUGUUCAUACUACUGAACCUCCAAAAGAGAGCUUGAGUGCCAGUGCUACAAAACUUGGGGAGCCUAUACAGCAAGCUAUUCCUUUGCUACCACCAUUUCAGCCUUUGGAAGCCAGACCUCAUUAUCCUGGAUGGAGAGAUUAUCACAGCUCAGCCAGCCAGCCAGCAGCUUUGGCUAACAGUCAAGGAAUGAAAAUUCCUGCUCUUGAAAAGUCACUUACACAAAAACCUGAAGAUGUUUCUGGUAGUCUUCCUCUAUCAAAGAAGAUCCCUGUGGGAGACAAGGUGGUAUCAAAUGAUGCUGAGGACAAUGUGGCAAAGGUUCCCCAGGUAUAUGGGACUUCUACAUCUGCUUCCUCUUUACAUCAAAAACUCUCACUAUGUGCUGAACAAGUAACACAAACUCCAAGACCUGAAUCUAGAUAUCUGCCUAGAAAGAAAAGCAGGUAUGAAAAUUCUACCACAGAUUCACUUGAAGAGUCUCUUUCCCACAGAACAACAAAGGAAAAGCUAUCUGAGCAAGAGCUUCAUAAAGUGUCAGAAAAACUCUCUUGCAGGUUAAAUGAACUAGAUUCAAUGUUAAAGAGAGCUUUGGGUGGGCACACCAGAGAAGAAGAGUUGACAGAUGAAGACAACCUGUCUCAGCACAGUGACAGUGUCAUGGAUUAUUGCCGAAGGAAAGCUGAACGAGACACACCACAUCUGAGGUACCCAAGCAGGCCACGAUCCCUUUCUCCAUCCUCGCCCUCAUCUCGGCAUCAACUCUUUUCUGAGUUGGAAGAUAAACUUUGCAGUAAUGAAACAGGCCAAAUAAGGAAAAUACGCAGCCAGUUGCAAAAAGAAAGGGAUGAAAGAACAAAAAAAGCAAAGAAGGUCACUAAAGCUUAUGAAGAUGAACUAAGAAUUUAUGAAGCUAGGGAGAGGCUUAGACUUUCCAAGCUCAGAGAAGUCAUCAAGGAAAUGGAACAAGAAUACAAAGAAAACAUCUUUAAAGAACCUCCAAAAAUGUCUCAGCCAGUGAAAGUUUAUUCUAGAAAAACCACACCUCGGAGUCCCAAAUACAGCCAGUGGAUUCCAAAACGAGGGACUGUGAAGCCAAAGAAAGCAGCUCCAAUGAAAGUAAGAGAUGAUGACCUCCUAUUUCAGCUACUGGAAGAGUUUCCCCACCUGCGUAUUUCCCACCAUACUAUGAAUAAAAUGUGGCGGCAGCAGCUUGCACAUACUGAACAACUUAAGGCAGCUUCUGGCAGAACUAGACCAAAGCUCCAACAUGAAGUUCAACAAGCCCUGAAGAAGCAUGAGCUUCUUGUUGCAAUUAUUAAAAAAGAUCAAGACCACAACAAGAGACUGCAAGAAUUUAAGCAACGUAUCUGCCGACAGAAAUGGGCUCAGAAUAAAGUGAGAGAGAAACGCCAGCAAGUUGCUCGAGCCAGGAAAUACUAUGAAGAUUACCGGGUUCAGUUGCGUGCCAAGAUGAUGCGGGCUAGGACACGGGAAGAAAGGAUAUUUAAAAACUUAUUUGAAGAAGGCUUAGAAAUUCAGAAGCAAAGACUGAAGGACCUGAGAGCGUAUGCUCAAGAGAAGCGUGCUGAACAAAGGAGAGAGCAUCAAAAUGAGUUGGAGUCUAUGGAGAACUAUUACAAAGAUCAGUUUUCCAUGCUAGCAGAAGCUUUAUCUCAAGAACGCCAAGAAAUCCAAACCAGAGAGAAAGCACAAGCACAAAUGCUACAGAAAACAAAAAGAGAAUUGAGAUCAAGGAUGGAAAAGGAAAUACAGCAACUGCAAGCAGCAAUAAUGCAAAGUGAUGAUGACACCUUUUUUCAAGAACUAGAAGCAGACAGACUGAAAUCUAGGCUUCAGAUGGCUUCCUUUCAGUAUAGCAAAAGCCAUUUCUUGUAAGACUUACGGUGAAUAUCACUGUAGUUCUCUGGCUAAGAUGAUGAGGAUCUUGGAGAGCUGCUGUAACAGGAAGGUGGUGUGUGGCUGUUGUUCUCUUAUCUGUCAUUUUGAUGUGUCAGAGGUGUAGCUGCUGGUAUCUGGGAUCUCUACAGCACUUUUAUGAUCACCAAUAAAGUUUUUGAACUACUUUCUACCUUCUUAGCAAGGCUGAAAUGGGAUGAAGUCAGUGUGCUUUAGUGAAGUUACCUUAGUGCAACAGUUGAACGCUAAGCCUCCUCUAUGCCUGUGCUGGUUCUGGAGUUGAAAAGCCACGCUAACACCAUUAGCCAGAAAUUACUGGAUUGGAAAGCUCAGAAGGAACAAGAAGAUCUUUACAAGAACAUCUGUGGUUCAAGUUUCCUGUGAAAGGACAAGUUAGAGAAUGCCUGCAAUAAACUGGACAAAAAAUCAGUAAUUUAACUAUAUGAAGCAAGGGAGGGCUGCUUAUUCUACACAAUACUAUGUUUGCGAUUUUGGUGUUGCUGGCUUGUUAAUGGCAAAGCAUUUGAAGUACUACUUCCUAUGCAACAAAUGUAUUGGAAAAAGUAGUUUGAAAUAGAAAACAAUGAAAAUUCUUCUAAAGCAGUAAAAUAUAAGCUUCUGCAAGAACUGAAACCUGGGAGGACCUGUGGACACGACAUAUUCAACAGGGGUAUACUAAUAGGUGUGUGUUUCUGUAGGUAUUGCCAUUGUUGGAUUUCACACAGGGUUUUCAAAACUACAUAAGCCCAUGUGUAAACAAGCAAAGUUUUGUUUCAAUCAAUCUGUUUCAGAAGGGAGUCAUAGUAAUGCUAUAUACAAAUGGACAAGCAGUAACAACCAUGUUUGCUCUUAGAAGCAGAUUAUUUAGACAAAAGUUUUGCGAGGCCACUUGUAUUUAAUACCCUCUUUAGUUCUUUUAGGGAAAAGCAGAUUAGUUCUAAUUCUGUCAGUGUGAAGCUAGAGUAAACAGGGAUUAAAAAUUCCAACAUUCAGCUUUUACCUUACAACCUGAAGUAAGGUCUGCUUCUAGGCAGAGUAGGAGCUGACAAUAGGCACUACACCUGUCUUUGUAGAAUCAUCAUGUGCCACAAAAUACAUUGUUUAGCAGAAGUUUCAAGUUUCAGCAGCCCUGCAUUGUGGGCCCUAUGAGAUGCAAACACAGAGGGAUGAAUACUUAAACUGAGAACAGAUUACAUAAAACCAAGCUGAUAAUUAGUGAAGCCCAUUACUGAUAUAUUCUCCUCUGCUUGACAAAAUUGCAGUUUUUAAAUAGUUUAUCUUGGUAAUGAGGAUGAACUAAAGUGUAAUUUUAAACAGGCUCUAGUAGAAGAGUUCUUGCGUAAAAUUGCAUGUGUGAGAAGUGAUAUAAAAAUACUGGAAUUAAUUGCAUUGCAUAUACAAUAUUUAAAGCUUGCCAUGAGAUGGUGUCUGUUACGGAAUUGACAACACACUCAGUGAAUUAAGACUCAUGCAUUGGGAGGCAAAAAGAGCUAAGCAGAAAAAAAAGCCCCCAGCAGCUGGAGAUGCUCCCUUUACAGAUUAAACAGACCAGCUAGCCACUAGAGCAUGAUACACCUCACUCAAAAAGCUAACACAGCACCAAACCCCAAAACCACCCAACAAAACACCUCCACAAAACCAGAAACCCACACCCUGACUUUCUUAACCACCGUUUCCAGGGAGCUGCUACAAGCCAGGCUAAUUUGAAGUCUUCAUCUAAAUGACAAUAUUUACCAGCUAAGUUGAUCAAAUUUAACAAGUAUUUACCAAAUAUAUUUACCUUUUUUCCUCCCUUAAGGAAGAUGGUUUGGCUUUGCUGAAUUUUGAGAGGAGACAUCUGUUCACCAAUGCCGAGAUAAAGUCCUUGCCAAGACACGUGUACACCAUUACACGAAAGCCAAAAGUAAGACCUUUUGUGUUUGACUAGAACAUUUAGCACAAUCCUUACUGUAGGUAACAGCAUGUAGAAAGACAGCAAGUUUUAAGUAUUUUCUCCUGAAACAAAGCUGAGUUACUUAAAAAUGAUAUUGUUACAUUUUAAAGUAAAUUUUUAAUUAAGAAAAACUUAAAACUUUUAAAACCAUUGAUGCUGUGACAGUGCAAACAGCAUACAAUUUAUUGCUCAACUUCUGCAUGGGUACAUACAUUAAGUACUUAAAAACCAUUUUAUACAGAUUUUUUUUGUUAAAGCUCAUGUAACAGCUGGGUGAAAAUACAAUGAUACCAAUGCUAAAACACUCUGUAAUAAAUACAAUGGAAAUGAUAAACUAAGAACUGUCAGUUUGUGGAGGAGUAAUUACACUUGUAUAAACUAAUUACAACUACAGACAAAGCUCUGAGGACGUGGUAGAGCCAGAAACCUACUACAUAGUGUAAAGUACAACAAAUGGCACCUGUUAACUAUAUGGUGCUGUUUAAAAUCUGAAGCAAUUGGAGCAUGCUACAUUAAGCUGUAUGAUGCAUACUUAUGAUAUAGAAGCAAAGCUUUUACUUCCAUCAAUGCAGCCAGUUUAAACGCACCAGAAGUUCAAUACAGAUGUAGUGUUGUAGAACAAGAAUUUAAAAACGGCUUGUGUGCUCUGGACUUUAGUACAACACAAAAAUUUGGUACAAAUAAAUCAGUUUAGGGAAACUGAAACUAUGUGCAAAAAAAAAAUUAGAAUACAUACUGUACAAAGCACCAUUACAAAACUCUUUACACCGAGAAAUUAAAUCCUCUGAAACUCAACUGUGUACUGUAUAUUUGAAAUCUACAAAAGUCACUGUUCAUAAUUAAACAUUCAUAAUGAAAAGCAACAGCAUAAAACCAUGAUGUGACAUCUCUCUAAAACAACUAAAGACUGGAUAAAGUAAAACCCAGUAAGAGGGACACAUUGAAAUAAAUAUUCACAUUAAUCAUGGGGUGAAAGUCCAAGGUUAAAAUGCAAUAUUAGGCUUAGCACCUUUU